AUGGCUCCAUCUCUAACGAGCUUAAAAAUGAUUGAUGAUUGCCCGGUAGAUUACCACUGUAGGCCUGGCGUGCAUCUUGUGGGUGACCCAUGGGUCCAAGAUGUGACAAAGCUACCAAUUUUGCCAUAUGCCAGAGAGGAAGUAGAGAUGAUUGGUAGAUUGCUUGGCUGUGCACCUCUAGUUGGAAGACAGGCAACAAAAGUGGAGGUAUUAAGACGACUUAGCUCGGUUGCUCUAGUACACAUCGCGGCACAUGGCUGCAUGGAAACAGGCGAAAUUGCCUUGGCGCCAGAUAAUGGUGACAAUGAAAGAUGUAAAGGGUGUUCAGAUUCGUGCAAGACUGGUUGUACUCAGUUGCUGUCAUAUUGCUCAUGGAGAGAUCAAAGCAGAAGGUGUAGUUGGCAUAGCACGAGCAUUUUUGGGUGCUGGUGCUCGUUCUGUUCUGGUGUCGUUGUGGGCUAUUGAGUUUAUGAAAAUUUUGUAUCAGCAUCUUUUGAAAGGAGAAAGUGCAAGUGAAGCUUUAAACCAAGCAAUGAACUACAUGAGAGAAUCUGAGGAGUUCGGUGCAGUCAAAUACUAG